ACCGGCUCCCGCCCCCGCCAGAGGCAAGGCUCGCCCUCUCCGGCAGACGAGGUUCUGGAGUCCAGCCAGGAGGCUUUACACGUGACCGAGCGGCAGUACUUGAAACGGGACUGGUGCAAGACGCAGCCGCUCAAGCAGACCAUCCACGAGGAGGGCUGCGUCAGCCGCACUAUCAUCAACCGCUUCUGCUACGGACAGUGCAACUCCUUUUACAUCCCAAGACACAUCCGCAGGGAGGAGGGAGCCUUCCAAUCGUGCUCCUUCUGUAAACCCAACCGCUUUACCACCAUGACUUUUACUUUGAACUGUCCCGACCUGCAGCCACCCACCAAGAAGAAACGCAUCCAGCGCGUAAAACAGUGUCGCUGUAUAUCCAUUGACUUGGACUAGCCAACGCUCAAGUCAA